UGAUUUUGCAUUUCCUGGGGGAGAACUGUUAGCAAACAAAACAGUUCUCCCUGUCAGCUCCUGCACACUGCUUUGCAUGGCUGUGCUCAGCACCGCCAUGCAAAGCAGUGUGCUUACAGUGAAGCACACACACUGAACAUAAUGUAAAAUGACACACAGCACACAGUUAACCCUUUGAUUGCCUCAGAUGUUAACCCCUUCAUGCCCAGUGCCAUUAGUACAGUGUCAGGGCUUUUUAUUAGCACUGAUCACUUUACUGGUGUCACUGGGGAUGUCAGUGACACCAAGUCAGUUCCCCCCAGUAUCUAAAUGCCUGUUGCAAUCCUGCAGUCCCGCUAUAAGUCGCCGCACAGGCAAUCAAAUACCACUGAAACAA